UCUCGGCGUGGACAGCGCGAGGGAAAAGAUGGCGGCGAUGGCGGUCGGCGGUGCCAGUGGAAGUCGCGUGUCCAGCGGGAGGGACCUGAAUUGCGUACCCGAAAUAGCUGACACACUGGGGGCUGUGGCCAAGCAGGGGUUUGAUUUCCUCUGCAUGCCUGUGUUCCACCCGCGUUUCAAGAGGGAGUUCACUCAGGAACCUGCUAAGAAUCGGCCGGGCCCCCAGACACGAUCAGACCUACUGCUGUCAGGAAGGGACUGGAAUACACUAAUUGUGGGAAAGCUUUCUCCAUGGAUUCGUCCAGACUCAAAAGUGGAAAAGAUCCGCAGGAACUCCGAGGCGGCUAUGUUACAGGAGCUGAAUUUUGGGGCAUAUUUGGGUCUUCCAGCUUUCCUGCUGCCCCUAAAUCAGGAAGAUAACACAAACUUGGCGAGAGUUUUGACCAACCACAUCCACACUGGCCACCACUCCUCCAUGUUCUGGAUGCGGGUGCCAUUGGUGGCACCAGAGGACCUGAGAGAUGAUAUAAUUGAGAAUGCGCCAACUUCACACACAGAGGAGUACAGUGGAGAGGAGAAGACAUGGAUGUGGUGGCACAACUUCCGGACCUUGUGUGAUUAUAGCAAGAGGAUUGCGGUGGCUCUCGAAAUUGGUGCUGACCUCCCAUCUAAUCAUGUCAUUGAUCGUUGGCUUGGGGAGCCCAUCAAAGCAGCCAUUCUCCCCACCAGCAUUUUCCUGACCAAUAAGAAGGGAUUUCCUGUUCUUUCUAAGAUGCACCAGAGGCUGAUCUUCCGACUCCUCAAGUUGGAGGUGCAGUUCAUCAUCACAGGCACCAACCACCACUCAGAGAAAGAGUUCUGCUCCUACCUCCAGUACUUGGAAUACUUGAGCCAGAAUCGACCUCCACCCAAUGCCUACGAACUCUUUGCCAAGGGCUAUGAAGACUACCUGCAAUCCCCACUCCAGCCACUGAUGGAUAAUCUGGAAUCUCAGACAUACGAAGUGUUUGAAAAGGACCCUAUCAAAUACUCUCAAUACCAGCAGGCCAUCUAUAAAUGUCUGUUAGACCGAGUGCCAGAGGAAGAGAAGGACACCAAUGUCCAAGUGCUAAUGGUGCUGGGAGCAGGCCGGGGGCCCCUGGUGAAUGCUUCCCUGAGGGCAGCCAAGCAGGCUGACCGGCGGAUAAAGCUGUACGCUGUGGAGAAGAACCCAAAUGCUGUGGUGACGCUGGAGAACUGGCAGUUUGAAGAAUGGGGAAGCCAGGUGACAGUAGUCUCAUCGGACAUGCGGGAGUGGGUGGCUCCAGAGAAAGCGGAUAUCAUUGUCAGUGAGCUUCUGGGGUCCUUCGCUGAUAAUGAGCUGUCACCGGAAUGCCUGGAUGGAGCCCAGCACUUCCUAAAAGAUGAUGGCGUGAGCAUCCCUGGGGAGUACACCUCCUUUCUAGCUCCCAUCUCCUCCUCCAAGCUGUACAAUGAGGUCCGAGCCUGUCGGGAAAAGGACCGCGACCCUGAGGCCCAGUUUGAAAUGCCUUAUGUGGUACGACUGCACAAUUUCCACCAGCUGUCUGCGCCCCAGCCCUGUUUUACCUUCAGCCAUCCCAACAGAGAUCCUAUGAUUGACAACAACCGCUACUGCACCUUGGAGUUUCCCGUGGAGGUGAACACAGUGCUGCAUGGCUUUGCAGGCUACUUUGAGACUGUGCUUUAUCAGGACAUCACUCUGAGUAUCCGUCCAGAGACUCACUCUCCUGGGAUGUUUUCAUGGUUUCCCAUCCUCUUCCCCAUUAAGAUGUUGGGAUAUCUGCAGGGGCCUUCUGCCUGGCUUCCCACGCCUACUGUGGCUAUUCUUCUGUCCAUUCUCUACCUGGAGCAAGAGUCAUCUUUUAAAAACAUGAAUCUGAUCCUAUCUCUCUCCUUUUAAAACCCUUCGAUGUUUUUCCACUGCCCUACAAUAAGGUCUUAAAUCUUUGUUAGACUUGGUGUGAUCUAGUUUUUGCCUGCCUUUUCAGCCACUGUCCUUUGAUUACAUUGCUUCAGUCCUAUGGACCUUCUUUUGGUUCCUCUAAUGCCCCAUGUUCUUUCCUGCCUCGCGGUUUCACACCUUUGUCCUCUGCCUGUAAAGUUCUUGGCUCAUUUCUUGAUUCAACUGACUUAUCUUCCAAGUCUCAUUAAACAUUCUUGUUGUCAGAUAAUUUUCCCUGACCUUGUAGACUAGGUUAGUGUUAACUUUCAUAGGUGUUUUCAUAGCACCCUAUCCCUGUUCACAGUGUUCAUCCCACUUUUGAUUAUUUGUUCAGUGUCUGUUCAUUUCUGAUUAUUUGUUCCGAUAGACUUCAAAUAAACCUCAUGAGGGUUGGAACGUCAUUUGAUCAUUUUAUCUCCACACCUAGCUUACUACAUUGCCACAUAAAAUUCAUUAGCUCCACCCUGAACCUCCAUGUCUUU